AUGAAGCCGGCGAAGCGCGUAGCAGUCAUCGGCCUCGGCCCGGCCGGCGCCAUCGCCAUCGACGCCCUCGCCCAGGAGCAGGCUUUUGACACCGUCCGCGUCUUUGAGAGACGAGAAGCCCCGGGUGGAUGUUGGUAUCGCGCCGAGAAGGUCCGGCGGGUCCCCAACUCCGCCGCAGCCGCCGCCGGAGGAGGAGAAGGAGAAGUAGAAGAAAAAGAAGGGAAAGAGGACCAAGACAAAGAAGCAGAAGAAGAAUGGAAGCUCACCCUCCGCCAAUCGGACCCCGCCUCCUCCACGGACUCCUGGUGGGAGGAGCGCUUCGACGCCCUCGUCGUCGCGUCGGGCCACUACUCCGUCCCCUACAUCCCCCCGACCCCGGGCCUCGCCGCCUUCGCCGCCUCCCGGCCCCCCGGGAGCGUCAUCCACAGCAAGCACUACCGCGGCCGCGCCGCCUACCUGGGCCGGACCGUCGUCGUCGUCGGCGCCUCCGUCUCCGCCGCCGACAUCGCCACCGACCUCGCCGCCGUCGCCCGCGAACCCGUCACCGCCGUCGUCCUCGGCCACACCCCCAACGGCUACUUCGGCGCCGAGGCCUUCGAGCACCCCCUGGUCCGCAAGGCGCCCUCCAUCGCCCGCGUCGACGCCGCCUCCCGGACGGUCCACUUCGUCGACGGGUCCUCCGUCUCCGGCGUCGACGACAUCAUCUUCGGCACCGGGUACACCUGGACCUUGCCCUUCUUCGACAAUCCUCCUCCUUCUCUGCCGCCGAGACCCGGAAAGGAGACCGCCGCCGCCGCCCCUUUACCGACCCCCAGAAACAACCGUAUUCCGAACCUCUACCUCCACACCAUCUACACCCCGGACCCCACCAUCCUCUUCGUCGGCGCCGUCAACGCCGGCCUGACCUUCAAGGUCUUCGAGUACCAGGCCGUCCUCGCCGCCCGCCUCCUCGCGGGCCGCGUCCCGCCGGACCGCCUCCCCGACGCCGAGGCCCAGCGCGCCUGGGAGGCCGAUCGCGUCGCCAGCCGCGGCGACGGCCCCAGGUUCGCCCUCGUCUUCCCGGACUUCCCCGACUACUUCGAGACCCUCCGACGCCUCGCCGGCCCGCCCACAGACGACGGGAAAGGCAGGCGCCUGCCGCCCUACAACCCCUUCUGGUUCGAGAGGUUCAUGGCGGGCCACGAGAGGCGCAAGGCCAUGUGGCGGCGCCUGAACGCCGAGGCGAGGGAGGCCCUGGGCGGGGAGCCGAGGGAUGGCGGGCAGGGGGACGUCGCGCGCGCAAAGCUGUAG